CAACUUAACAAAACCAUGCCUAGCUUCAACUCCCUGUUUCUCAUCUUGAUUCUCACGGUGGCACUGCUGCCAAUAGCUUUGGCAGAACCAGGAGAAACUAUACAGGCUUUGCUCAAACGUUUGGACUCAAAGCGGCCAUCCCCUUCGGUUCAAGAAGCCGCGGCUAAAGCUGUUCUCAAGAGAUUGCUUCCUGGCUAUGUGUCCAGCUUCGAGUUCAAGAUCGUCUCCAAGGAUGUUUGUGGUGAAAAAAGCUGCUUUUUGAUAAGCAACUACAGCCCCUUAAGCAAGAAUGGGACCGAGAUAGUGGUUAAAGGAACCACGGCAAUUGAAAUUGCAUCUGGCCUCUAUUGGUACUUAAAGUAUUGGUGUGGUGCUCAUGUUUCGUGGGACAAGACUGGUGGCAUUCAGAUAGCUUCAAUCUCCAAGCCAGGAUCACUGCCUCUUUUAGAAGAUGAGGGAGUGACGAUUCAGCGACCCAUUCCAUGGAACUAUUACCAAAAUGUUGUUACAUCUAGUUAUUCCUACGUUUGGUGGGAUUGGAAAAGAUGGGAGAAAGAGAUAGAUUGGAUGGCUCUUCAUGGUGUUAACCUGCCUUUAGCAUUCACAGGACAAGAAGCCAUUUGGCAGAAGGUUUUCAUGGAUUUUAAUAUUAGCAAGGAAGAUUUGAACGGUUUCUUUGGUGGACCUGCUUUCCUUGCUUGGGCUCGCCUGGGAAAUUUACAUGGGUGGGGUGGGCCUUUAUCUCAAAAUUGGUUGGAUCAGCAAUUAGCUCUACAGAAACAGAUACUAUCUCGGAUGCUAGAACUAGGGAUGACUCCAGUGCUGCCAUCAUUCUCGGGGAACAUUCCAGCAACUUUGAAGAACAUAUUUCCUUCAGCAAACAUAACUCGACUUGGGAACUGGGCCUCUGUUGAUGCAGAUCCACGUUGGUGCUGCACUUACCUUCUUGAUCCCUCUGAUCCUUUAUUUGUUGAGAUUGGAGAGGCUUUCAUUAGGCGACAAGUUGAAGAAUAUGGAGAUGUGACGGACAUCUACAACUGUGAUACAUUCAACGAAAAUACCCCACCUACAAAUGACCCAGCAUAUAUAUCAUCGCUUGGAGCUUCUGUGUACGAAGCAAUGUCCAAAGGUGACAAAGAUGCUGUGUGGUUAAUGCAAGGUUGGCUCUUCUAUGCAGACUCUGUGUUUUGGAAGCCACCUCAAAUGAAGGCACUUUUACAUUCAGUUCCAUUUGGGAAAAUGAUUGUACUUGAUCUAUUUGCUGAUGUCAAACCAAUAUGGAAAUAUUCAUCUCAGUUUUAUGAUACUCCUUAUGUCUGGUGUAUGCUGCAUAACUUCGGUGGAAAUCUGGAAAUGUAUGGCAACUUGGAUGUGAUCUCUUCAGGUCCAGUCGAUGCUCGCAUUACUAAAAAUUCAACCAUGGUUGGUGUUGGCAUGUGCAUGGAAGGAAUAGAGCACAAUCCCGUGGUUUAUGAGUUGAUGUCUGAAAUGGCAUUUCGCAGUGAAAAAGUUCAAGUUCUGGAUUGGUUGAAGUCCUAUUCCCACAGACGCUAUGGUAAAGCAGUUCAUGAAGUUGAGGCAGCUUGGGAAAUUCUUUAUCACACAAUUUAUAAUUGUACAGAUGGAAUACAAGAUCAUAACACUGAUUUCAUAGUCAAAUUUCCAGAUUUGGAUCCAUCAAAUACGAGUUCGGCUUUGCCUCAGGCACAUUUAUGGUAUUCUACUCAGAAGGUGAUCAAUGCCUUACGCCUGUUCCUUAAUGCUGGAAAUAAUCUUGCUGGAAGCAUUACAUAUAGGUAUGACUUGGUGGAUUUAACACGGCAAGUACUGUCAAAGCUAGCAAACCAAGUAUAUUCAGACGCUGUAACUGCUUUUCAACAGAAGGAUGCUAAAGCUUUAAAUCUUCACACCCAAAAAUUUAUUCAGCUCAUAAAGGAUGUUGAUGUACUUCUUGCUUCUGAUGAUAACUUUUUACUUGGAACCUGGCUCCAAAGUGCAAAUAUGCUUGCAAAGAAUCAUCAUGAGUUGAGGCAGUACGAGUGGAAUGCAAGAACUCAAGUAACAAUGUGGUUUGAUAACACAGGAACCAAGCAAAGCAACCUUUUCGAUUAUGCAAACAAGUUCUGGAGUGGGCUACUCGAAGGCUACUAUCUACCACGAGCCUCAACCUAUUUUCAGUUCUUGAUAAAAAGCUUGCAAGAAAAUGAAAGCUUCAAGUUGGAGGAAUGGAGAAAAGAAUGGAUUUCGUUUUCGAACAAAUGGCAAGCAGGUAUGGAACCUUACCCGGUGAAAGCCAAAGGUGAUGCACUUGCUAUUUCUAAAGCCUUGUAUGAGGAAUAUUUUGGUCAGAAGAACAGGAAAAUCUAAUAAAUAUCAUCUUCAAACAACCGGCAAGCAAUCCAGUACUGCACUUUGCCCGGUGAUGGUCAAAGAAAAUACAUGUAGUACCAUUUUUGUAAAGCCAUCAAUAGAAAUUCUGUGUCAAAAAUAUAUUUGGGGGAUUCUUAAUAUAGUCGAACAUGAGUAAGGGUGACGUAAAAUAACCGAACAUGAGACAUGUUCUAGAUGAACUCCUACUGGUUUCUCAGUCUCUUAUUUCUGUGCGUGUUGAUGUAUCAAAAACAAAACUCUAUGCUGGUCGAUGUGCCCAAGAUUCUAUAUAUAAUGCAUGCAUUUAUGGGAAAAGUUAGAAAUA